AUGAUCCCAAAUUUAUCCACUCUAUUCCUUCUUUGUAUACAAAUUUCAACAAUACUUGCAUGGGAAAGAUGCUUCGAAAAGUCACCGAAUCACGUGCUCCUCGCAUCGGCAAGGGGAAAACCGAAAAAGAUCCCACUUGAGCGCUGCAUGAAGAUGUGCUUGGAUGCAAGUGGAACGUGUCGCUCAUUCGUUUACUUUAAUACAAUCGGUGUCUGCAUUCUGAAUGCCGGUGAUCGCACAGAAAAACCAGAUCGUUUUGUUGCCUCGAAUGAAGGAGUCGAUUAUUAUCACAGGAUUUGCUAUCACUCACCACCCCGUUCACUCGCCCCAUGGAGUCAUGAUGAGCCGCUAGCUGACGAGUGUUUCGAAGUAGCACAGGGGAAAGUCUUGAUCGGUAUCGUUGAUCAACUCUUAGAUCAAAUCUCGUCGAUCGACGUUUGUCAAAAGUCGUGUUUAAACGCGAAAAAGACGAGCGGAAUCGUGUGCAAGAGUGCCAUGUGGUAUCCAAAAGAAAAGGAGUGCAUCAUUGCCUCUCAAGACAAAGCUGACAUUGCCGAGCUGUACAUUGAUGAUCCAAAUUCAGUGUACUUGGAGAAUAAAUGCGCUGAACCGGGAAAAAGAAAUGACUUCGACGAGCAACAAUGUCACCCCAUCACCGCCAAUCAGACGAGCAACAAUGUCACCCCAUCACCGCCAAUCAGCUCGACGACCUCUUCUCUGACCUCACUUCUUGGCGGAGUGGCGGCAGCUGGCGCUGAAGAUGACGGAGGCGACGAGCAACCGUUUCAUGUUGAGGGAGAGUUGCCAGUACCUGCAGUGGGUGGUCCACCCGAUCCCCCACAAACUUCAGCCUUCCCACCGGCACUCCCACCUUCACAACCACCACCAAUUGAACAAUCGGGAUAUGAUAAGAGUGGAGUGAACAAUGCUGGCAUGCAGACCGAACUUCAACCCCCAUCAAUUCCAAAAACGUUGCCCACAAUUGACCCGAAAAUCAUCGAUUCGUAUCAGAUGCCGUUGAAGAAAGAAGAGGCAGCUGUUGAGAGCAAGACCACGCCGAUCAAUGACUAUUAUGGAAAAGCGCCGAAUUUGGGAGUGGAUGCAGCUGCAAAUACGUAUCAAACGCCACCUGUGAAAUCAUUGCCUGUCGAAAUGCCGAUCUCCGCAAAUGGAUAUCGACGACGCAGAUUGAGUGAACAUCAAAAAGGGAAAUGUUUCAAACAAGUUCACCCAGAAUCAUCGCUUUUCGAGGAUCGUGUGAUGAAGGCGUACUCUAUCGAGCAGUGCAUUGACAUUUGUCGCCUUUGCGUGAAUUGCAUUCGCGGUCAGCCGUGUUCAUCGCUUGCUUUUGAUAUGCUUCACGAGAAUUGUGCCCUCUCGGCGAACAUCGCUGACAAUCGGGGUCAACGAAAAGCCGCUCAAACGAUCGCCUAUUAUACUCGGAAUCCGAUCGAGAUUUGC